AUGACCGCCGAUGGGCUUGACUAUUCUAUUAGGAAAAAGUUAGAUACCCAAUACCUGAGAGAUAUGUCCCAAUUGGCUGAUAGAGUUCGACAGGUGGAACAGUUGAAGGCUGAGAAAGCCAGGGCAAACAAAAACAAUAGGAAGGAUAGAAUAGCCUAUGUCGAAUUAGGUAACGACAAACCUGAAACGUUUGGGGAACAGGUAGAUUUCAAUGAAGGUGAGAUCGACCUUGCUGAACUAAAGCAAGGACCACUUUAUUCCUGCAAAUUCCUAACCCCAUCGAGUGGGAAGAAUUCAAUCGAACCAGAUAAGGAUGCUAGGUUCCCUAAGAAGAUUUAUACCUUCGGCGUCACUAAAUGUGAUAAAAUCUUCGAUUUACUUGUUAUAGGUGGUCAGAUGAUAGUGCCUCCUAGAGCUAAAAUUCUCCCUCUAGAACAAAGGAAAAAAGAGGGUUUUUUGGACCUCGUGCAAAGUGCUAUAAGGGACGGAAGGCUCCAGUUUGGCGACAAAUCAAAGGCUCCGAUGAGGAUUGAUGUUGACCCUCUUCAGAUUGUUGAUUCCCAUUACACUGAACCAUCCAUGGUCAACAUGGUGGAAAUAUCUGAGGAUUCUGGAAAGAAGGCUGACAUGGUCGAAGUCUUUGAUGACUUUAAAUAG